ACGGCAAAAUGUGCAACUAAUAGCAGUUCAAAAAGGUAACGCAGGGAAAGGUAGUGGGGUGUUGUUAUAGCGUUAUAGCUGACUCUUCCCCCCUGACUGUUUCACAGAACACCUCAUUUGAAAAACGUCCAAUGUUUCAUUACAGUGAUAUUCUUUUCAUUUUAAAGAAGAUAACGAUUAACUUAGUGUUUUGGAUUGGCAGCAUGCUAGCAAGUUAGCUAGCUAAAGUUACAAGCGUAUGAUCUGCGCGAAAGCAGCCGCGACAGUCAGAGAGAGCAACUGGCUGAGGAGUCAUUUAUAUUUUUUGUAACACUGGUCUCUCCCAGACGCGAAAGGUUUACAAAGAAGAUCCCGCAAUGGUUGACACAGUCAAAACGCUGGGCAUCGUGUUUGAUAACGAGCAGAAGAAUGGAUACUGUAGCGGGGAAAUCGUAUCCGGACAUGUGUUGCUGGAUUUGCUGGCAGUGACUCAAAUAAAGGCCAUCAAGAUAACGGCCAGAGGGUGUGCGCAGGUCUGCUGGAACGAGGGACCCUGCGGAGCGUCGUCGCCCAUCACUGCUCCCAUGGCAACACCAUCUCUGGGACACUGUAUUAAAGAGGAGGUGGAAUAUUUCGGUGCUUCACAAACUCUAAUUGAAACAACAGGCAGUGAAGACGGGGAGUGGGUCAGGCUUGAUGCCGGCAGACAUGAGCUUGCUUUUCGGUUUGAGCUCCCUCAGAGGCCCCUGGUCUCGUCGUUUGUUGGGAGACACGGGAAAGUUCAGUACGGCGUGAACGCAGUUCUCCAGAGGCCCUGGGCCCAGGACCAGAGCGUAAACAGAGAGUUUCCCGUCCUUAGCCACAUUGAUGUCAACUCCCCCCCUCUGCUGUCUGCCGUUUCUACCAACAAGGAGAAAAUGAUCAGCUGGUGGAUCUUCACCUCCGGCCCAGUGUCUCUGAGCGUCAACAUCGACAGAAAGGGCUACUGCAAUGGAGAGAUGAUCCCCAUCUACGCCGAGAUCGAAAACUGCUCCUCGCGCAUCGUCGUGCCCAAAGCCACCAUCUACCAGAUCCAGACCUGCCUGGCCAAGGGCAAGACCAGAACCUACAGGCAGGCGGUGGCCAGCGUGAGGGGCAACCACAUCCCCUCAGGAAGCUCUGACACCUGGAACGGGAAGACCCUGAAGAUCCCCCCCCUGCCCCCCUCGGUCCUCAACUCCGCCCUCAUCAGGGUGGAGUACUCUUUAGCCGUGACGGUGCAGAUCCCGGGGGCCAGGAAGCUGACGGCCGAGCUGCCCAUCGUGAUCGGCACCAUUCCGUACGCAGGGCUGGGGGCCCGCAGCGCCAGCGUCAGCAGCCAGGUCAGCCGCUACAUGAGCUGGCUCGCUCUGGCCCUCCCUGAGGAGCCUGAAGCCCCUCCAAACUAUGCCAACGUGGUAACAGAGGAAGAGUUUGAGCUCUACACCCCCUCCCUCAUCCAAUCAGAGGACCUGGAGCGCCAACUGGGGGGCCCAAUCUUCGCCUACCUCCAGGAGUUCCAAUUUCAGCCUCCCCCAGUCUACUGUGAGGUGGACCCGCACCCGGUCUGGGUUCAGGAGCCGCCACCUCCGCUGGGCGUUUCCGUGACUUCAGCAAGCCUGCCACUUUAACCGAAUCCCCCCCCCGCACUUUACGCUCCAGUUAACCCCACUUUCCUCAAAGCUCAAGUAUGUUAGCCAUGACCGAUCUUCACAACGUCUUCGCCCUCUCCUGCGAGGAUGACCGUGGUAAAGCCGUGACCGGGCCGGCGAAAGAGGACCGUGAAAAAGCGGACUGCGACCGUGGGAAAGGCCCCAUCCCUCGACGUGGCGUUUUACAACCGAGCUUCGGCGCAUGAACGCGGCCCCCCUCUCGUACACGGAUGGGCACGGCGGCCGUGGGAAAAGAUGUGCUUGUAGCAUUCAAAGGAUAAUUUCUAAAUUUGCACGGCUUGUGUCUCAGAUCAAACAAACAGAAACGACAGAGCGCGCCUUUUAGAAACCGGCACUCUCGUCAAAGGAAAGAAAAAAAAACGGCUUCAAAAACGUACCAAUGUAUUUUUUCCGCGAUUGUAGAGCGAUUUCAUCGGUGGGUUCGUAAGUUCGAUCUGUGCCUUUUCAGUUACACGGUGAAAUUCUAUUUCUGGCUUCGGAGGUUGAAAAAUGCUUCUGUUCAGGAGAGAAUCAUUUUUUGUAACUGUCCUUCAGUGUUAAGUUCAAAGGACAAUCAAGGUGCUGCUCUGAUUGAAGGUUUGAGGAUAAGUGAUAAUAAAAUAACUGCCUUUGGAAACAAAGUGAGUGGAUGCGAGAUGGUACUGUUAGUACAACUAGUGUUCUCAGGACACAAGGAAUCAGGGUUUUUAGAGACGGGAAGGCUCAGGAAUAAUUGUUGUUUGUGGAAGGGCUUUUCUGCCACAGUAGACUGUAAUUUGUGGUACACCACGGCAAUACUAAUCUACAUUAAACUGCACAGAUUUUCUUUGUCAUAUCGAAAGCAUUCCCAUACAAUGCCAACCGCAACUGACAGGUGUGUCGAAUAGAGACACUUGAGUUUACACGUUUGGUCUAGAGAGGGAGUUCCUCUUUAGGGUCCAUGCUGCCAUUACAUGAAGAUAGGUUUACGUGUAGCCUCACUUCAUUCAUUUAACAAAACGUUUACUUUUAUAUGACAUCUUCAACACAAAGUGUGAAGAUACCAAAGCUCACAUUUGAAAUUAACUAGCCAAGUACUCCAAGCCUGCUAGUGCUGCUUGGGUUUCUGUUUGGAUGUAGACAUCUCUUUAAAAAUGUUCAAUACAACACUAUGGGGGAAAUAAUGUCUUUAUACUGUGGCUGCCUUCAGUGUAUUGCUAUAAAUUGCCAAUAGCAAGUGCCUCUGGAGUGCUUGGACUGUGGAUUAUGAUGUCUGUGCCUGAGUGCUGUAAACUUUAUAGGCCGUAUAUAUCCUUAGCAUCUGGGUGAGUUUAUUUAAGUAUUGAUUUUUUUUUUCCUGCAAUUUCACAGAAUGCUAAUUAAGUGCCUUCAAAGCUGCUAUGUUGGGCCAUCAGUAGUGAUAAACAGACGUCUCCCAGGUAUAUUUUAAUGUUUACGGCCUUGGGUUUAACACAAUCUGGAGCGCCACGUGCUAACAAGCCCAAGAAUCGAGGCUGUCCAUUCGCUGAAUCAUUGAGAUGUCAUAAAAGUGUUGCUUAUUGUUAUUUUGUCUGUUAAUCCAUCUCAAAUCAAUGCAUUACUUGUUUUUUUUAUGUUGUUGCUUUGCUGCUUUUUGUAUUGUAAAUUAAAGUGUUAAAAUAUUUUGAGGUA